AUGUGGGGAGCUGGAAAUAGUUUAAUGGGUAUUCAUCGUGAAGGAUCGUCUCAAUUCUCAAAUCCAUAUAAGAUUUUUACUCAAGAUUGCCAUAUUCUUGUGGUAGAUAACAACAGCGAAGCUCUUCGUGCGACGUCUACUUUGCUCGAGUCUUGUCAUUACCAAGUCACAGCAGUAGAAUCCGGUCAACAUGCCUUAUCGAUGCUAACAAAAAGAAAGCAACACUUCGAUCUUUUGCUGACAGACUUCCAUUUAGUCGACACCGAUGUUUUCAUUCUACUCCAAGAGGCAUUUAACAUGGACAUACCAACAGUCUUCAUGCUAGUUGAGGAAGAUCCUGUAAUAGCAAGAACAGCAAUAGAAAGUGGUGUGUGUUUCCUCCUUGAGAAACCAACCACUUGGGCCGCGGUUAAAACAUUGUGGCAAUAUGCAAUGAGGGAUAAAUCACAAAAAUCUAAUGAUAAUGUAAGGUAUGCUGAUUAUGAAGAAAAUAUAGCUUUUGAUGAGAAUGGAUUGGCUGAGCCUGGAGGUAAGAAGAUGAAGAUUGGAUCGAAAAAGAAGAGUAAGAAUGACAAAGGGAUAUCAAUUGACGGGACUUGGGAUAUUAAAAAGAAAGAAAAGACGAGGGCAUCUAAGAAGAAAGCUUGUACUGCAUGGACCGAUGAACUUCACGCCAAGUUCAUUACUGCGGUCAAUCAACUCGGAGAAGGAAGGUGUUACCCUAAGGAGAUCCUGCAGCUAAUGAAUGUGGCUGGCCUAACUCGCAUGCAAGUUGCGAGUCAUCUCCAGAAAUGUCGUAAUGAUAACUGGCGUGCACCUGAGUCACGAAAAUCACAUACAAGCACUGUUCAAGUAAAUGUUGUGACUACUGAUCCCGAACCAAAUAGAAUUUGCACCCGGAAAUUUGGAUCUAUGCCUCGUUUGGCCAAAGUAUCAAACAACCUUCCCAAUGACAUGUCAUCUCAAGUAUCUAGGUCAGAUACUCAAGAUUAUGUACCUCAAGAUCAAAUCUACGCACCCUUGGGUAAUAAUCUAUUGGUGAAUGAGCAAGGAAACUAUAGAAUCCAUGAGUUCACCAAUCCCAUGAAUCAAAUGGAGACAAACUACCUUGAAGGAAACAUGAUGUUAACUGACCUUAACCCUAGACUUAUGGAAACCAACAAUAUUGUUGAUCAUGGAAUCUAUGGAGGACAUCAGAACAUGUUAAUUGGCCGUGACAAUCCCUAUGCCGGUUUAGAUGAAAACUCAUCCAUGUUCAUUGAUAUGAAUACCCAUCAUAGUGCUGUUGAAUCUUCCUACAACAAUGUUGUUCAAGGCAUGGAGCCUCAUGGUAGUUCCUCACAUCAAAAUCCUAUGGCUGAUGAUUUCUUUGCAUUCCUCCCUGAAGCUGCAGAUACAAAUCAAGCUUAUGCCAAAGUUUUCAAUUAUGGUGCAACAUCUUGUGGCUAUAACUUCGAACCUUUCCACUUCGGCCAGCUUAUUCCAUAA